GUAACGUUCCAGGCUUGCAGCAUUUCUGAAGCAAGGUAUCUCUAUGAUCAGCUAGCCACAAUCUGUCCCAUUGUGAUGGCGUUGAGUGCUGCAUCUCCGUUCUACAGAGGCUACGUGUCUGAUAUUGACUGUCGCUGGGGAGUAAUCUCCGCAUCUGUAGAUGACCGAACACGAGAGGAAAGGGGGCUAGAGCCACUGAAGAACAACCAUUAUAGAAUCAGUAAAUCCAGAUAUGAUUCCAUAGACAGUUAUCUAUCUGAAUGUGGUGAGAAAUACAAUGACAUUGAUUUGACAAUAGACAAAGAUAUCUACGAGCACCUAAUAAAGGAAGGUAUUGACCACCUUUUGGCACAGCAUAUUGCACACUUGUUCAUUCGAGACCCAUUGACUUUGUUUGAGGAGAAAAUACAUCUAGAUGAUGCAAAUGAAUCCGACCAUUUUGAGAAUAUUCAGUCUACAAACUGGCAGACAAUGAGGUUUAAGCCACCUCCUCCAAAUUCAGAUAUUGGCUGGAGAGUGGAAUUCAGACCUAUGGAGGUCCAGUUAACAGAUUUUGAAAACUCUGCAUAUGUCGUGUUCGUGGUAUUGCUAACCAGAGUGAUUCUGUCAUAUAAACUGGAUUUUCUCAUUCCUUUGUCCAAGGUGGAUGAAAACAUGAAGAUGGCCCAGAAAAGAGAUGCUGUCCGGCAGGGAAUGUUUUACUUCAGAAAAGAUAUUUGCAAAGGUGGAAACACCGUUGUGGAUGGAUGUGGCUCUGCACAGAACGGGACAGGCAGCAAUGCGGAAGAGUACACCUUAAUGAGCAUUGAUACAAUUAUCAAUGGGAAGGAAGGAGUCUUUCCUGGUUUGAUCCCAGUUUUGAAUUCCUAUCUUGAAAACAUGGAAGUGGAUGUGGACACAAGGUGCACCAUUCUAAACUACCUGAAGCUAAUAAAAAAGAGAGCAUCUGGAGAAUUAAUGACAGUGGCUCGAUGGAUGAGGGAAUUUAUCGCGCAGCAUCCAGACUACAAGCAAGAUAGCGUCAUAACUGAUGAAAUGAAUUACAGCCUUAUUUGGAAAUGCAACCAAAUCGCACAAGGCCAGGCAGAGUGUCCUGAACUAUUGGGGGUAGGAUUUAAUAAGAAACAAAGUGGAAACAAAACUGGCUCUUUGUAAUGAAUGAAUGUUUCUUAAAUGAUAGAAAGUUUAAGCCUUUUAGCAAAGCACUAGCAAAGAUACUGUGAAUCUGGCACAGUUUCAUGGUGUGAAGACCAAAACAGGGAUACUGCACUAUAAAAUGGGCCAAUCUGCCUAAAUAUUCAUUUAAGGCAUCCUAAAAUGGGCAUAUUCUUAUUGUUAAGGUUUAUACAAUGUACAUGUAAAUAGUAAAAUAUUUUUAUGAUUAACAUCAACGUAUUUUAAUAACAUUGUAUCUAAAGUUAUUGUGAAUUAGCUUGUAACUUUUUUAUGCUUAUUCUAGAAAGAAAAAUCAUCCUGAACAGCUUUGUAAAUGUAAUGGUACUUGUAUAUUAUAUGCAUUCCAGUUACUGAAUGUUUACUGUAAUUUUUUUUAACCUGGAAUGUGCUAAGUAAUCUACCUUA